AUCAUACCGGAAGUAAAACGCUUCCUGGUUGCAGAUGCAAAUCUAGCCUGUCACUAAACCGGUGACGAACCAAAAUGGGUUAUUACAGUUUACUGACAACAUGUGCAUUUAUUCAUUUGCUUGUUUUCAUGCCAUAUGCAUACAGUAAUUAUCUUGAGAACAAAGCUGGACAGUUUUUUAGCAGUGGUCAUACCAACAACUGGGCAGUCCUGGUCUGCACAUCUAGAUUCUGGUUUAAUUAUCGGCAUGUGGCAAACACACUGUCAGUAUACAGAAGUGUAAAGAGACUGGGCAUUCCAGACAGUCACAUUGUGCUGAUGCUAGCCGAUGAUAUGGCCUGUAACUAUAGAAACCCCAAACCAGCCACUGUGUUCAGUCAUAAGAACAUGGAGCUUAACGUGUAUGGAGAUGACGUGGAGGUGGAUUACCGUGGAUAUGAGGUCACAGUGGAGAAUUUCCUGCGAGUCCUGACAGGGCGUCUCCCCCCCAGCACCCCUCGAUCCAAACGUCUGCUUUCCGAUGACCGCAGCAACAUUCUCAUCUACCUGACAGGUCACGGCGGAAACGGCUUCCUGAAGUUCCAGGACUCUGAGGAGAUCAGCAACAUGGAGCUAGCUGAUGCCUUUGAGCAGAUGUGGCAAAAGAGGAGGUACAACGAGUUGUUGUUCAUCAUAGACACGUGCCAGGGGGCCUCCAUGUAUGAGAGGUUUUACUCGCCCAACCUCAUGGCCCUGGCCAGCAGCCAAGUGGGAGAGGACUCGCUCUCACAUCAGCCAGACUUGGCAAUAGGGGUCCAUUUGAUGGACAAGUACACCUUCUACUUACUGGAGUUCCUGGAGGAAGUCCACCCUGCUAGCCAGGCCAACAUGAACGAUUUGUUUAAGGUGUGCCCACAGAGUCAGUGUGUGUCCACUCCGGGUCACCGUACUGACCUGUUCCAGAGGAAUCCCGGGAGCGUCCUCAUCACUGACUUUUUUGGAAGUGUCCGCAAAGUGGAGAUCACCAAGGACACUAUCAAUCUGACAUCCUCUGUAAAGCCGCCGAUACAGAGGUCUGGAAGUAGUGAUAUGACAAUCGAAUCUUUGACGUAUGUGGACCAACUUCCAGUGGCUGAAAUUAUUCAUCAGAAACCCAAGCAGAAAGACUGGCACCCUCCUGAUGGCUUCAUUCUGGGGCUCUGGACUCUGAUCUUGCUGGUGUUCUUCCAGACCUAUGGCAUCAAACAUCUCAAACACAUCUUCUGAUUCCUCCCUCCCAGCACCGCAGAGGUCAAAGAACACACCGCUUUCAUAAAAGAGUCCACCCUAACUUUGUUCAUGAUUGAUUUGGUCAGGAAUAGGUUUUUAUUUAUUAUUUGAUGCAAGUUUUCUUUGGGUUUUGCUGUGUAUCAUUCUUUUUUAAAGUGACAUGCACUGACUUCUUACGUUCAAACAUUCUUUGUUGUUUGGAGCUCAGUAAAUCCAUUUGAAUUUCACACAGGGACUUUCUUUUGAACUAAACACACAGACAGCUUGCAGGGAGAAGCAUACUUCUUGUUUGUUAGUUUCUUAUUUGUUUGUUUCCAUUUAUCGUUUCAUCUCUUCAACAAUUAUUUUCUAACAUUCAUAAUGGCACAUGUGGAAUUGUAACUUGUAACUCCUCCCAGAUUUCUUCAUUUGUUCUCAGUGGGAUGAGAUGUGUGCUUUUUUAAACAUAAUCUAAAUCUGUAAAUGCAGUUGCUGAUCUGUUGUUUCAAUUGCACUUUAUAAUUUGCAUUCUUAUUAUUUAAUGGUUAUUUAAAGUGGUAAAGGAUACUACUUUUCAGGGUAAUGUAUGGGUCAUAUUUUACC